AUGGAAUCCGGCAAUGGCGUCCAGUCGUUUUCAAAACAAGAUGACGAGAAAUCCCGCUAUGCGAAACGCGCUGCUCUUAAGGAGCUCAACACAAAUCCUGUUCCUAAAGAAUCAUCCAAGCUCGACUCUUCAUUGAGGCGCCAUACCGCUCUCAUUAAGCGCAUACGACAGUCUGUGGCCUCCGACAAUCGUGACCAAAUCCUCAAGGACAUUGACUCCCUGUCACUUGAAAAGUAUGUUGAUGAAAUCGCUGGCGCUAUUGUAGAAGGUACUUCUAGGUGCAAGACAGAAAAGGACGUGUGGAGCGCUGUUGAGGUUAUAUCUGCAAUUUACCGUCGAUUUCCCUCUUCGUUUGGGGCAGCACUCGUCCCAUUCUUAACAUCUGCUCUCAGUAGUCCAUCUCGGACGAGUUUUUCCAACCUUCCUCCAGAACAAAGAGAAAAGGAAGACUCGUCUCGGGUGACACGACAAAGACCUGCACUAAGAGUAUGCUCCGAACUGGCCUUAGUUGGUGUCAUCAAAGAUGCACCCAGUCGAAGCGGCGGUGAAUGGAUUAUGAAAGUCUUGAAAGAACUGCUCUCCAAUGACCCGAGCCUCUCUUCACUUCCGUUAUUAAUUACGUUUCUCAAAAGUUACUCUCUUCCAUUUCUUGGUAUCACUCCUGCCAUAAUUAAGCAGGUCUCUGCGAAUUCGGAACCCGGAAUGUUGUCUGCUACACAAGCAUUAGAUUCAAUCGCUUUUCCCUCCCUGGUUGACGAUAAUGGGUCUCUUAUUGAGCAGGACAUUCGUGAUCGUUUCAAACGCAUGUGUGAGGGUUACUUUGAAAGCGUUUCAAAAAAACUAGUCAUCGAGCACAAACGACUGCAAGAGCAAGAUCGUCGAAAUCAUGAAGCAUACAUCCGUUCGGGAGAAAUAUUUGAGGACCGCCAGCAGGCGUAUGAAAGGAUGACAAAAGGCUAUGAAAAGCUGUUGGCCAGCUGCCAAUCAUUGUCUGAGCUUCUGUAUCUACCCAUGCCAUCAUUGCCUACUGCAUCACAGAAAUCGGACUCCAUUUUGAUUGGGACGAACAGCACAAGUUCAUUUUCGAACGACGAGGGCGAUGUCACUGCUGGAGGAAAAUGGGAAGACGAAGAGGAGAGACGGUUCUUCGAAGAUGUUCAGGAUCUCAAAGACUUCGUUCCAAAGAGCAUCCUUGGCGUGGGAGAAGGCGAAAGCAAAGAUCAGGAGAGUGAGGAAAGCAAGGAGAAACAGAAUGAAAGGCACGAACAGGAUAGGGAAUACAUCAAGAAGGCCACUACGCCGCCUCUAUCUUCGCAAGCACCACAAGGUCCUUCACAACUUCUAACAGCUCUUCUGAUUCGGCUUCCGGAUGCCACUAAUCGCGAGCUAAUCGACCAAGCUGCCAUUGACUUUGCUUUUUUGAAUUCUAAAGCUGCUCGUAAGAGACUUGUAAAGUUCUUGAGCCAAGUGUCCAAAAGUCGCAUUGACCUUCUACCGCAUUACUCGCGCCUUGUCGCGACCCUCGAUUAUUAUAUGCCAGACAUUGGAUCGGAUCUGAUUUCCAUCCUGGAUGAGGAGUUCAGAUACCUCCAAAGGAAGAAAAAUGUGGUGAAAGAAUUUUCCGAAGUCAGACUCAAGAACAUUGUAUUUAUAUCCAACCUAACCAAGUUCGGUGUAGUUCCGACACACCUCGUUUUACAUAUGUUCAAAGUCUGCUUGGAUGACUUCUCGGGGACGAAUGUAGACAACAUUGCUCUACUCCUUGAAGGGUGUGGUCGAUACCUGCUACAAGGGGAAGAAACACGAGAACGAUUUGGUACUAUGCUAGAACUGAUGAGACGAAAACAAAGUUUGCAGCACUUCGACCAGCGUCAAUUACUUCUUCUGGAGAAUGCUUACUAUCAGUGUAACCCUCCUGAGCGCGCGCCUCGCCAGGAAAAGGUCCGGCCACCAAUGGAGCUGUUUAUUCGACACUUAAUCUAUGAUGUUCUUGCCAAGAGAACGAUUGACAAAGUCCUUAAAUUGAUUCGAAAACUGGACUGGGAAGACGAGGACGUACGACGUAUUCUGUUCAAGGUUUUCACAAAACCAUGGAAGAUCAAGUACGGAAACAUUAGCCUAUUGGCUAUGUUAACGUAUGACUUGCAAAGAUAUCAUCCCGACUUUCCCAUCUCUGUUGUUGACCAAAUCCUGGAGGACAUCAGGAGAGGACUCGAACAAAAUAUGUACAGCACCAAUCAAAGACGGAUUGCAACUAUCAAAUAUUUGGGAGAGUUGUACAUCUACCGGCUACUGAGCUCCAGCAUAAUGUUUGAUAUUUUAUGGUUAUUGAUUACCUUUGGACACCCUGAUGGGAGAGCUCUACCGAACCAAUUCUGUCCACUGGACAUGCCUGAUGACUUUUUCCGAGUACGCCUUGUCUGCGUCCUUCUGGAUACAUGUGGAAUGUGCUUCGAUCGUGGCACACAGAGAAAGAAGCUCGACAACUUUUUAACAAUGUUCCAAUUUUAUAUUCAUUGCAAGCAGAAGCUUCCUAUGGAUGUUGAUUUCAUGCUGUCAGAUUCUCUUGACGCCAUAAGACCUAAAUUCGAACUGGCUAAAACUAUCGAAGAGGCCGCCGUUGCUGUUGACAACAUGCUGGGCUCGUUCCAGGCAACUGACCUAGAUGACGAGAUCGAAGCAGACGAAGGUGGUGACGACAGUAGCGACGAAGAUGAACGUGUCGACGAAGAUGAAAGAGAAGAGGACGAUGAGGGUGAUGUUGGGGCUCAAGACCCAUUGGAAGUUGUGCUCUCUGGGAGCGCUAGUCUGCAGGAGAACCUCGGUCCCUCUGAAGAAGCUGAUGCAGAGUUCGCGAGAGAGCUCGCCAAGAUGGUUAUGGAUUCAUCGUCAGAAUCUCGGAAGGUUGACAAGAAGACAGCACUCGCGCUAUGGGACUCCUCCGUAUUACCAGCGGUUCGAAAGCGGCGUGAAGACCCUGAUGAAGCGCUUGACAUCGAUGAUCCAGACAUGAUGAAAUUCACAGUCCUCACGAAGCGCGGGAACAGGCAACUGACUCGGCAAUUAGCGGUCCCAUCUGAGUCCGCUCUAGCCGUCCAUACCCGGUCCGCUCAGCUACAGGAUAAGGUAGAGCAACAGCAUUUAAAGCGCCUAGUCCUCGAUUAUGAACAGCGUGAGGAAGCAGAGGAAUUGAAAGCUCUGGGGAUCCAGAAUCGUAUGGGAGCUAUCAAGAUACGAUACGCUGGCUGA